AAUUAAUAAAAAAUGGCAAAUAUUCACCAAAGCGAUAGUGAACCUGUAUCAAAGACUAUAUCAGACAAUGACCUUGAACUACAGUCUCCUUCAACUCAUCCUGAAGGCAAUUUUCCUGGCUAUUGUAUGGUAUGCCAGCAGGAAACAUCAGAAGACAAAAUUCUACUAGAGUGUAACCAUGCAGCUUGUAAGAAUUGUUUACCUCGGUUCAUCACCAAGAAUGUUGAGAGCAAAAUAAUACCUGCAUGCGAUGGAUGUGGAAAAGAAAUAACAGAAGUGUUCAUACAGAAUCAUAGAAUUCUUAAAAAUAAAGAUCUGGAUAAGUAUAAUCAGUUCAGAAGAUGCUUAGAAGUUCUUUCCGAGCCUAGACGUCAGAUAUGCCCUAUACCAAAAUGUAGCGAAUUAGCAGUAGUUCAGAAAAUGGAAAAAUUUGAUGCCCCAGUGAUAGUAAAGUGCAGAGUUAGUCAUAACUUCUGAGCUAUAUGCAAUUACUCACACGUAUCUGACGUCAAGUGUAGCAAAGCUAAGAAAUGGGAUAGGUUUUAUGAUGAACCUCUUACUUUGAGAUGAGAGAAUUGAGGGCUUAUUUUACAAGAGUGGAUGGAAAAAGAAGAGAGGCCAUUGAGGUGCUAUUCUUGCAGAACUCCAGUCUUCACUCCCAACAUGAUAAUGCUAAGUCCUUUCGGCUACAUUCUCAUGUACCUUCUCCUCCCAAUUCUCAUGCCAUACUUAAUCCUCAAGUACUUCUUCUGUAGAAGAGAUAGGUCAAGAUGAAGCUGGAAGAAGUGUUUGUGAGUGAAUUGUGGGUGUUGUAGGGGGAAUGGAGAUGCUGAGGGAUGUGCUAUUGUGGUAAUUGUGGUGAUAAUCUUAUUUUUGGUGGGAGGGUUUGGAUUGAUGUUUGCGAGUUUAUGGAUCUUGCCAUUUGCUUACAUCACUCUUAUUCUAAAUCAUUGGAAGCAGACACAAGUUGAAAAGCGCCUCAAAGCUACUUGGCAAUAAAUAUCUCCAAUCGGUACAAAAUUUUUCCUUUUUCAAUUUAA